CUGAGAGAAAUGUGCAGUACACGUUAAGUUUUGAUAACAAAAAUAAGAUACACAAACGAACCCUAAUGUCACAGAUAAAGAAAGAUAAGCUAUAACGUUAGCUAUACAAGACAAACAGUAAAUGCUAGAUUUGAAUUAAAAAUAAAGUGACUCCUGGUGCACUGGCGUCGCUGACUAGCUAACGUUGACUUGCUGGUGCCCAGCUGUUAGCUAAACUUAAGCUAGGUAGCCAGCCAGGUUGCAGCUGGUUUAGCUAGCUAGCCAACUAAGGAUAGUUAGCCAUCGCUAGGGAGUUAGUUGUCAGGCUAGAGAGGUAGUAAUUUAACAGGAGCAUGCAUUGUUCGCAGUUAGCUAAAGUAGUUAUAUGAUAACGUUAACUAGCAAGCUAGAUUGUUGUCGGUUAGACGGUUGUACAGAGUUUCAUGCAGUUUGAAAUGUAUUGCAAACUAACCAGAACAAACUCCCAAGUAUGUUAGACUGGCUGGCUGGUUAUCUUAAAUAACACAAAAUACACAAUUAGCUUGCGUUAUGAUCUGGGCAGUUUGACGGGAAUCGGAAAGGAAUGGCUGGCAUUGAAGAAGCUGAAGCACAGCUGUCAGAGAUCGAGCUGCUGACCAGUAUGUUCCCAAGCAAAGAUGAAUUUGUUAUCAAGGAUCAGCUGGCGCUUGCAGAACUGAGGGAGUAUGUGGAGGGUACACUGGAUUCCCCUCCGUCCUCCAGGCCAGAGUUCGUUAUUCAGCAUAAGAUGGACACCGAGAGCAUGGAAGGGGUAACAUUUGCAGUCUCCUUUAUGUAUGUGUUGGACUACCCAAACGUUUUACCAGAUAUUUCUGUCAGAUGCGCAGAAUUGAGCAGAGCUCAGCAGACCCAACUUCACAUGGACAUGAACUCAUUCUUGAAGGAGAACUGCUGUGGAGAGGUGUGCGUGCUCUCAGCUGUGGAGUGGGUAAAAGACAACAUACACCGGUAUAUCUCUAAGAAUCCCUCAACCACUGCCCCAGCACCUAUUACACAGCCAGAGGAGAUGUUCACCAGACUCUGGAUAUACAGCCACCACAUAUAUAACAAGAGCAAGCGGAAGAACAUCUUGGAGUGGGCACAUGAUCUGGGCUUAACUGGUUUCAGCAUGCCUGGGAAGCCUGGUGUGGUCUGCGUGGAAGGUCUCCAGACAUCCUGUGAAGAAUUCUGGGCCAGGGUGAAAGUAUUAACUUGGAAGAGGAUCCUGAUACGACACAGGGAAGACAUUCCUCUGGACAGCGAGGUGGGCCACAGGGAGGAGACACUGAGCUCCUUUCGCAAGUUCUCUGGCUUUGAGGAGACCAUCUUUGACCCCCGUGGGAGCAGAGGGAAUCAUAUGGACCUUGGACAGCUUUACCAGUUUCUGAAUGAAAAGGGGUGUGGGGAUAUUUUUCAGCUUUACUUUGGGAUUGAGGGGAGGUAGUGGCUGGUGCAGUGGCCACUCUCGCAAAAGCAUUCUUGUCUUGCUUAGAAAUAUGAAAAACUCUAGGGAGGUGUAUUGCACAAUCUUUGGCAUAUUCAUGAUUCCAGCUUAAAACAGCGAUUAAACCAGACAGACAAACAAUC